AUGUCCCAGCCCACUAAGAAUAAGAAGAAAGAACAUGGGACAGAUGCUAAGUCGUCGCGCAUGACUCGGACGUUGGUCAACCAUAUUCUUUUCGAAAGGAUCCUCCCGAUCCUUCCGGUGGAGUCCAACCUAAGUACAUAUUCAGAAGUGGAGGAAUAUUCCUCAUUCAUUUCAUGCAGAUCUGUGCUCAUCAACGUUACCGUUUCCCGAGAUGCAAACGCUAUGGUGGAAGGCACUUUGGAGUUGAUAGAAUCACUUCUUCAAGGGCACGAAAUUAUUUCAGAUAAGGGCAACAGUGAAGUUAUAGAAUCAAUAUUGAUCACAUUAAGGCUACUGAGUGAUGCACUAGAGUAUAACUGGCAAAACCAAGAAAGCCUUCAUUACAAUGACAUUUCGGCUCACGUAGAACAUGAGCAAGAACAGAAGUACAGGCCAAAACUCAACAGUAUUCUGCCUGACUACUCAUCAACACAUUCCAAUGGCAACAAACAUUUUUUCCACCAGACUAAGCCUCAGGCGCUGAUACCGGAAUUGGCGUCGAAAUUACUUGAGAGCUGCUCGAAGUUGAAAUUUAAUACAAGGACUUUGCAAAUUUUACAAAAUAUGAUCAGUCAUGUCCACGGGAAUAUUUUAACAACGUUGAAUUCCUCCAUUCUUCCCCGCCACAAAUCCUAUCUGAACAGGCACAACUAUCCUUAUUAUUGUAAAAUGGUUGACUCUACUCUGGGCCACAUUCUCCGAUUUGUAGCAGCUUCCAAUCCGUCUGAAUAUUUUGAAUUCAUUAGAAAGAGUGUACAGGUGCCCGUAAUGCAGACACACACGCAUUCACAUUCACAUUCGCACUCAUUACCAUCUUCCGUUUAUAAUAGCAUAGUGCCCCAAUUUGAUCUUUUCAGCUUCAUUUAUUUAAGCAGGCAUAAUUUUAAGAAGUACUUGGAGCUCAUCAAAAACUUAUCUGUGGCACUAAGGAAAACGAUUUAUCAUUGCCUACUUUUGCAUUACAGUGCUAAAGCAAUAAUGUUCUGGAUAAUGGCUAGGCCUUCGGAAUAUUAUGAGCUCUUCAACCUAUUAAGAGAUAAUAAUAAUGAAUACUCGAAAUCCGUAAAUACGUUAAACCAUACCCUUUUCGAGGACAUCCAUUCCACUUUUAAUGUAAACAGUAUGAUAACCACCAGUCAAAAUGCUCAUCAAGGCUCAUCUUCUCCUUCAUCAUCUUCACCAUCGUCACCACCUAGCUCAUCAUCAUCGGAUAACAACAACCAAAACAUAAUAGCAAAAUCUUUGAGCCGUCAACUUUCUCACCACCAAUCCUAUAUUCAACAGCAACCUGAAAGGAAACUACAUUCUUCCUGGACUACAAACUCUCAAUCGUCUACCUCAUUGUCGUCUUCAACCUCUACUUCCACAACAACAGAUUUCUCUAAUCAUAGUCAAUCAGGAGAAUAUGACCCGUCUUUACCAGAUACUCCAACAAUGUCCAACAUCACUAUUAGUGCAUCUUCCUUAUUAUCUCAAACUCCAACACCAACAACACAAUUGCAGCAGCGAUUGAAUUCAGCAGCAGCAGCAGCAGCUGCUGCUGCUGCUGCUGCUUCACCAUCUAAUUCCACCCCAACUGGAUACACAGAACAACAAAGUCGGGCUUCAUACGAUGCACACAAAACUGACCAGACUGGUAAGAAUUACGAUGAACAAUUUCUAUCUGUCGCUCGUUUAGAUAAUGUUUUAGAGCUUUACACACAUUUUGAUGAUACUGAGGUACUACCACACACAUCUGUUUUAAAAUUUCUGACCACUUUAACAAUGUUCGAUAUUGAUCUCUUUAAUGAAUUGAACGCAACAUCAUUCAAAUAUAUUCCUGAUUGUACAAUGCACCGGCCAAAGGAAAGAACAAGUUCAUUCAAUAACGCUACACACGAAGCGGGUUCCGAAAAAACUUCAGGUAUAAAACAUAUUACACAAGGCUUGAAGAAAUUAACCUCUUUACCUACGUCAACCAAAAAAACUGUAAAAUUCAUAAAAAUGUUAUUAAGAAAUUUAAAUGGAACUCAAGCCGUAUCAGAUGUUGCCCUCUUGGAUACAAUGAGGGCUUUACUAUCAUUCUUUACAAUGACUUCUGCGGUCUUCCUCGUGGAUAGAAACUUACCCUCGGCACUCUUUGCCAAGAGACUCAUCCCCAUAAUGGGGACGAAUUUAAGCGUUGGUCAAGACUGGAAUUCAAAAAUAAAUAACAACCUAAUGGUUUGCUUGAAAAAAAAUUCCACCACAUUUGUUCAACUACAAUUAAUAUUCUUUUCUUCAGCUAUUCAAUUCGAUCAUGAAUUAUUGCUGGCACGUCUGAGCAUCGAUACGAUGGCCAACAAUUUAAACAUGCAAAAGCUUUGCCUUUAUACUGAGGGAUUCAGGAUAUUCUUCGACAUUCCAAGUAAGAAGGAACUGCGGAAGGCAAUUGCAGUUAAAAUUUCUAAAUUUUUUAAAACAUUAUUCUCCAUUAUAGCAGAUAUUCUUUUACAAGAAUAUCCGUACUUUGAUGAGCAAAUAACCGACAUAGUCGCUUCCAUUCUCGAUGGUACAAUUAUCAAUGAAUAUGGUACUAAGAAACAUUUUAAGGGGAGCUCACCCUCUUUAUGUUCGACAACCAGAUCAAGGUCUGGAUCUACAUCUCAAAGUUCAAUGACACCAGUUUCCCCCUUAGGAUUAGAUGCUGAAAUAUAUCCAAUGAAUACCUUGUCUCUGGUUGGUUCAAGUACAUCAAGGAAUUCCGACAAUGUUAACUCGUUAAAUAGUUCACCAAAGAACUUGUCUUCUGAUCCGUACCUGUCACAUCUUGUGGCCCCAAGAGCACGUCAUGCGUUGGGCGGUCCAUCUAGUAUCAUAAGGAAUAAAAUACCGACUACAUUGACUUCACCUCCAGGUACAGAAAAAUCUUCACCAGUGCAGCGUCCACAAACUGAAAGCAUCAGCGCUAUACCGAUGGCGAUAACAAAUUCUACUCCAUUAUCAUCGGCAGCCCUUGGAAUUCGGUCGCCUUUGCAGCAAAUAAGAACGAGACGUUACUCCGAUGAAAGUUUGGGAAAAUUCAUGAAAUCGACAAAUAAUUACAUUCAAGAACAUUUGAUACCAAAAGAUUUGAAUGAGGCAACUCUUCAAGAUGCUAGAAGAAUAAUGAUUAAUAUUUUCAGUAUUUUCAAGAGACCCAAUAGCUACUUCAUCAUCCCACACAACCUAAAUUCUAAUUUACAAUGGGUUUCGCAAGAUUUUAGAAAUAUAAUGAAACCAAUUUUUGUUGCCAUCGUAAGUUCAGAUGUUGAUUUACAGAAUACUGCUCAAUCAUUUAUGGAUACCUUGCUAUCGAAUGUAAUUACAUAUAGCGGAUCAGAUGAGAAUAUCAGCAUUGAAGGUUAUCACCUUCUUUGCAGUUAUACUGUAACAUUAUUUGCCAUGGGCCUUUUCGAUCUGAAGAUUAAUAAUGAAAAGCGUCAAAUUCUCUUAGAUAUAAGCGUCAAAUUUAUGAAGGUUAGAUCUCAUUUAGCUGGGAUUGCUGAGGCUUCUCACCAUAUGGAAUACAUAAGUGAUUCUGAAAAGCUCACCUUUCCGCUGAUAAUGGGAACUGUUGGUAGGGCCCUAUUUGUUUCAUUAUAUUCUAGUCAGCCAAAAAUUGAAAAGACUUUAAAGAUUGCUUACACGGAAUACCUUUCAGCUAUCAAUUUUCAUGAGAGGAACAUUGAUGACGCCGAUAAAACCUGGGUUCAUAAUAUUGAGUUUGUAGAAGCAAUGUGUCAUGACAACUACACAACCUCUGGCUCAAUUGCUUUCCAAAGGAGAACAAGGAAUAAUAUUUUACGAUUUGCCACCAUUCCUAACGCCAUUUUGCUUGAUUCUAUGAGAAUGAUUUACAAAAAGUGGCAUACUUAUACACAUAGUAAAAAUUUAGAAAAACAAGAACUGAACGAUUUUAGAAACUUCGCAGGUAUUUUAGCCUCUUUGUCGGGUAUUCUAUUCAUUAAUAAAAAGAUACUACAAGACAUAUAUCCUUAUCUACUCGAUACUGUGUCAGAAUUGAAAAAGAAUAUAGACUCUUUUAUCUCGAAACAAUGCCAGUGGCUAAACUAUCCAGAUUUAUUAACAAGAGAAAAUUCAAGGGAUAUUCUAAGUAUAGAGCUACAUCCUUUGUCAUUUAACUUACUUUUCAACAACUUGAGGCUUAAGUUAAAAGAAUUGGCUUGUUCGGACUUAUCAAUACCAGAGAAUGAAAGUUCCUAUGUUUUAUUAGAGCAAAUAAUCAAAAUGCUGCGAACAAUCCUAAAUCGUGAUGAUGAUAAUUUUGUAAUGAUGCUUUUUUCCACGGAAAUUGUAGACCUUAUUGAUUUACUGACAGAAGAAAUCAAAAAAAUUCCGGUUUAUUGUCCGAAAUAUCUCAAGGCAAUUAUUCAAAUGACGAAAAUGUUUAGUGCUUUACAGCACUCAGAGGUUAAUUUAGGUGUCAAGAAUCAUUUUCAUGUCAAAAAUAAAUGGUUGAGACAAGUGACUGAUUGGUUUCAAGUGAGUAUUGCAAGGGAGUAUGAUUUUGAAAACUUGUCGAAACCGCUCAAGGAAAUGGAUUUGGUAAAAAGAGACAUGGAUAUUCUGUACAUAGAUACGGCGAUUGAAGCUUCUACUGCUAUUGCGUACUUGACGAGGCAUACUUUUCUAGAAAUUCCACCAGCCGCCUCGGAUCCCGAAUUAUCUCGCUCCAGGUCAGUGAUCUUUGGGUAUUACUUCAAUAUCCUAAUGAAAGGUCUUGAAAAAAGUAGUGAUCGUGACAAUUACCCAGUAUUUUUGAGACACAAAAUGAGUGUCCUCAAUGACAAUGUCAUACUUUCAUUGACAAAUCUUUCGAACACCAAUGUUGAUGCGAGUUUGCAAUUUACCUUACCGAUGGGGUACUCCGGGAAUCGAAACAUUAGGAACGCAUUUCUGGAAGUGUUCAUUAAUAUCGUCACAAACUAUCGAACCUACACGGCUAAGACUGAUCUCGGAAAAUUGGAGGCAGCCGACAAAUUUUUACAAUAUACGAUUGAACAUCCCCAGCUAUCAACCUUUGGAGCAGCAGUUUGUCCUGCUAGUGAUAUUGAUGCUUAUGCUGCUGGUUUAAUAAAUGCAUUUGAAACGAGGAAUGCCACCCACAUUGUAGUGUCACAGUUGAUCAAAAAUGAAAUUGAAAAAUCUUCUAGGCCUACCGAUAUUCUUAGAAGGAAUAGCUGUGCUACGAGAUCCUUAUCUAUGCUAGCUAGGUCCAAAGGUAAUGAAUAUUUGAUCCGGACUUUGCAACCAUUGCUAAAAAAAAUUAUCGAGAACAAGGAUUUUUUUGAAAUUGAGAAAUUAAAACCGGAAGAUUCAGAUGCUGAACGUCAAGUAGAACUUUUCGUGAAGUAUAUGAAUGAACUGUUGGACUCCAUAUCCAAUUCUGUCUCUUAUUUCCCACCUCCUUUAUUUUAUAUUUGCCAAAACAUAUAUAAAGUUGCGUGUGAAAAAUUUCCGGACCAUGCAAUUAUCGCCGCUGGAUCUUUCGUAUUUUUACGGUUUUUUUGUCCUGCUUUAGUCAGCCCUGAUUCUGAAAAUAUCAUAGACAUUUCUCAUUUAAGUGAAAAGCGUACAUUCAUUAGCUUGGCUAAAGUUAUUCAGAACAUUGCCAAUGGCUCAGAAAAUUUCUCCAGAUGGCCAGCUUUAUGCUCUCAAAAGGGGUUUCUAAAGGAAUGCAGCAAUAGAAUUUUUAAGUUCUUAGCUGAACUUUGUAGGACAGAUCGGACGAUAGACAUCCAAGUGAGAACGGACCCAACACCAAUAGCAUUUGAUUUUCAAUUUCUUCAUUCCUUUGUUUACCUUUAUGGCCUUGAGAUGAGAAGGAAUGUGUUAAAUGAAGCAAAACAUGACGACGGUGACAUUGACAGUGACGAUUUCUAUAAGACAACAUUUUUACUUAUUGACGAUGUCCUUGGCCAAUUAGGCCAACCCAAAAUGGAAUUUUCCAACGAAAUUCCAAUAUACAUCAGGGAGCAUAUGGAUGACUAUCCUGAACUAUAUGAGUUUAUGAACAGGCACGCAUUCAGAAACAUUGAGACUUCAACAGCGUACAAUCCAAACGUCCACGAGUCUACGUCAAGCGAAGGUAUCCCAAUCAUUACGCUAACAAUGUCAAAUUUCUCAGACAAACACGUAGAUAUCGAUACAGUCGCCUACAAGUUCUUACAGAUUUAUGCUCGAAUCUGGACGACCAAACAUUGCUUGAUUAUCGAUUGUACUGAAUUUGAUGAAGGAGGACUUGAUAUGAGAAAAUUCAUUUCUUUGGUUAUGGGACUAUUACCAGAAGUCGCACCAAAAAAUUGUAUGGGCUGUUACUACUUUAAUGUGAACGAGAGGUUUAUGGAUAAUUACGGAAAAUGUUUGGACAAAGACAACGUAUAUGUUUCUUCGAAAAUUCCUCAUUAUUUCAUUAAUAGUAAUUCUGAUGAAGAACUUAUGAAAUCUGUGGGUAUAACAGGGCAAGGAUUAAAAGUUCUGCAAGAUAUUCGUGUUUCUUUACAUGAUAUCACGCUUUAUGAUGAAAGAAGAAAUAGGUUUACGCCGGUAUCACUGAAAAUAGGUGAUAUUUAUUUUCAAGUUUUGCAUGAAACUCCUAGGCAAUACAAAAUAAGGGACAUGGGCACUUUGUUCGACGUCAAAUUUAAUGAUGUUUACGAAAUUAGCCGGAUAUUUGAAGUACAUGUUUCUUCAAUAACUGGGGUAGCCGCUGAAUUUACAGUGACUUUUCAAGACGGGAAGAGGUUGAUUUUUAGUAGUCCCAAAUAUCUCGAAAUUGUGAAGAUGUUCUAUUAUGCGCAGAUCCGAUUAGAAAGUGAGUACGAAAUGGAUAAUAAUUCAAGCACAUCCUCAAAUUCGAGUAACAAGGACAAACAGCAGAAAGAAAGAACGAAAUUACUGUGUCAUUUACUAUUAGUAUCUCUUAUUGGUUUGUUUGAUGAGAAUAAAAAAAUGAAAAACAGUUCAUAUAACCUAAUAGCUGCUACUGAGGCAUCAUUUGGUUUGAACUUUGGCUCUCAUUUUCAUCGCUCUCCCGAGGUGUACGUUCCCGAAGAUACUACAACAUUUUUAGGUGUCAUAGCAAAGUCUCUUGCAGAAUCUAAUCCAGAACUCACAGCCUAUAUGUUUAUCUACAUUUUGGAUGCAUUAAAGAACAACGUGAUCCCCCACGUUUACAUCCCUCAUACAAUUUGUGGUCUGUCUUAUUGGAUCCCUAACCUAUAUCAAUAUGUAUAUCUGGCUGACGAUGAAGAAGGUCCCGAAAACAUAUCCCACAUUUUCCGUGUCCUCAUCAGACUUUCUGUGAGAGAGACUGACUUUAAGGCAGUAUACAUGCAAUAUAUUUGGUUACUGCUUUUAGACGAUGGCCGCUUAUCUGAUAUUAUCGUCGAUGAAGUUAUUAAUCAUGCGUUAGAGAGAGACUCCGAAAACCGCGAUUGGAAGAAAACAAUAUCAUUACUUACUGUGCUACCAACUACUGAGGUCGCCAAUAAUAUUAUUCAAAAAAUAUUGGCAAAAAUCAGAUCAUUUUUACCAUCCCUGAAAUUAGAAGCCAUGACCCAGAGUUGGUCUGAGUUAACAAUACUGGUUAGGAUAAGCAUCCAUGUUUUUUUUGAAACUUCUUUACUGGUACAAAUGUACUUACCGGAGAUCUUGUUUAUCGUAUCCUUGUUAAUUGAUGUCGGUCCAAGAGAACUCAGGUCAUCACUGCACCAACUACUAAUGAAUGUAUGCCAUUCCUUGGCCAUUAACUCAGCGUUGCCACAAAAUCACAGAAAGAAUCUAGAUGAAAUAAGUGAUAUAUUUGCACAUCAGAAAGUGAAGUUUAUGUUUGGGUUCAGCGAAGACAAAGGACGGAUUUUACAGAUUUUCAGCGCAUCCUCAUUUGCAAGCAAGUUUAAUAUUCUGGAUUUUUUCAUCAAUAAUAUAUUAUUGCUCAUGGAAUAUUCUUCAACCUACGAAGCAAACGUGUGGAAGACAAGAUACAAGAAAUAUGUUUUGGAAUCUGUGUUUACCAGUAAUUCUUUCCUUUCGGCACGUUCGAUCAUGAUUGUCGGUAUAAUGGGUAAAUCUUACAUAACUGAGGGAUUAUGCAAAGCAAUGUUGAUCGAAACCAUGAAAGUUGUUGCUGAACCAAGAAUUACUGACGAGCAUCUUUUCUUAGCCAUAUCUCAUAUCUUUACUUAUUCCAAAAUUGUUGAAGGUUUGGAUCCCAACCUUGACUUAAUGAAGCACUUAUUUUGGCUUUCAACACUUUUCGUUGAAUCACGUCACCCGAUAAUUUUUGAAGGUGCUCUUCUGUUUCUGUCAAACUGUAUAAGGCGGCUUUACAUGUCCCAGUUUGAAAACGAAAGCGAAGUAUCAUUGAUAACUACUUUACUGAAGGAAAGGAAAUUUGCCGAUACCUUUCUAAGGAAAAUGGAGCAUCUUAGUGAUAUCGUUUGGAAUGAAGAUAAUUUUACACAUAUUCUAGUUUCCAUUAUCAAUAAAGGGCUGUCCAACCCUUUCAUCAAAAGUACUGCGUUUGAUUUCUUAAAGAUGAUGUUUAGAAACUCCUAUUUUGAACAUCAAAUUGAUCCGAAAUCUGAUCAUUAUUUGUGUUACAUGUUCCUAUUGUAUUUUGUUUUAAGCUCUAGUCAAUUUGAAGAACUUCUGGGUGAUAUUGAUUUUGAAGGAGAAAUGGUAAACAUUGAAAACAAGAACAUCAUUCCAAAGAUUUUAUUAGAGUGGUUGAGUUCGGACAACGAAAAUGCAAACAUUACGCUCUAUCAAGGUGCGAUACUAUUCAAAGGUUCAGUAACGGAUGAACCAAGUAGGUUUAGGUUUGCAUUGAUCAUUAGACAUCUAUUGAUGGUGAAACCCAUUUGUGCAUUGCGUUUUUACAGCGUUAUUCGUAACGAAAUAAGAAAAAUCUCAGCAUUUGAACAAACUUCGGACUGUGUUCCUCUAGCCUUCGAUAUCUUAAAUUUAUUGGUAACGCAUUCAGAGUCUAACUCCUUAGAAAAACUGCACGAAAAAUCCAUUGAACGUUUGACUAAAAGGGGUUUGUUAAUUGUGACUUCUGCUAGUGUAUUUGCAAAGAAUUCUGACAUGAUGAUACCAUUAGAUGUUGAACCUGAAGAUAUCUAUGAACGUAAAAGAAUAAUGACAAUGAUUUUAUCAAGGAUGUCAUGCUCUGUUUAG